CUACUACUGAAACGGAGACUCCUGACGCGCUCGGGCCUCCUCCUGAUACGUACAUGACUCGUCCUCACCGCAGCACUAUCACUGCCGUGCAGUCGAUCAUCCGUCAUCAGCAGCAACAACCUGAGGAGGCACGCACCAUAACCGUCACGUUCGAUGUCGCUGCGGCUUUCGACCGAAUUGGUCAUGCUCAUAUCGUAGCAGAGAUCACUGCCAUCACGGGAAUUUCGCAAUGGGGAGAUCUCGUGCAAUCUUACUUGCAUGGCGGAGAUGUACAUCUCGAUGGUCUCACAACCUACCGAGCAACGGGAAUUCCCCAAGGCGGGGUGCUCUCGCCCGUGUGCUUCUCGGCAUCGACGUGGCGAGUCGGAAGACGGAUCACAGAUCUCAGUGGUCCCUUCUCUAUCAAAGUGGCUAUCUAUGCGGAUGAUUUCUGCGUACGGAUUGUUGCUCUCGGUGUGAUUGGACUCUCCGCUGGUGUGAGACAGUCUCUGGGUACUCUUUCUGCGUGGUCGACCGAGGCAGAACUCGCGAUCGACCGUGAGAAAACAGAAGCACUCGCCGACUCUGAUGCGACGGCUGAUCUGCUGAAAGAAGAGCUAGCCGGUACUGACGCUCAAUUCAUCAGCGAGAGCAUUAAGAGGUCCAUCAGAUGGCUGGGACUGGUGAUCACGGCAUCUCUCUCCUGGCGCAGUCACCUGGACUUCGCCUUCGGUAAAGCCUUGAGAUGCUUGAGCACAGUUCGCAGGAUGCUGGGAAAAUACUGGGGCAUAUCGCCUAGCUUAGCGCUCUGCGCCUGGCGUAUGCAUAUUGCCCCAACUCUUCUAUAUGCGGCAGAGCUGUGGGGCGAGUGCUCGUCGUUUGAAUGGUUCCGAAAGCGCUGCUCUCGCUUGGAGGCGACGCUAUUCCGAUCCAUCUGUGGACUGAGCCGCUCCACCUCGACUGUACUCGCUGCGCGUUGCUUGGCUAUGGUCACAGAGCCACUCUGGAUUCAAGCGAGGAUUCGAUACGCCACAUACCACCUGCACAAGGUUGGACACGCCGAAGACCGGAGAGUCCGAGCGGUGCUCUCUAAAUGGGGUAUAGAUGACUGCUCGCGUGCUGAAGUUCCACGAUCAACGGGUUAUUCGCAAACUGCAGGCCUGACUCAUGGGUGGCACUGUGAACUGAGUUCUGGAGUGCCCCCAUCUCUCGACGAUUCCGCCCACUUCUUCUUCACUGAUGGCUCCGUCACUGACAAGGGAAAUGUGUCGGCAAGAACGGGAUCUGGAGUCGUCAGGCAUGUGCCGGGACAUCGGCCUGAGUAUGAGGGACGCUGUUACAACACAGGACCUCACGCAAACAUCUCGCAGUGCGAAGUGGUUGGUCUAUGGGCUGCGGUUUCAUGGGCUCUAGAGCUGCGUGCUGAGGGCGAUCCUCGGAAGAUCAUCUAUUUAUGCUGCGAUUCUCAAGCAGCGAUCAAGUCUGUGGCCAAUGCUCUUCGUCAUAAUGGCCCCGCUUCUACCAAACUGACCCAGGACGUGGCGAGCCUGAUUCAUCGUUGG